AUGUGGCGGAUUUUCACAGGCUCACUGCUUGUGGAGGAGAAAUCUAGCGCUUUGCUACAUGAUUUGCGUGAAACUGAGGCUUGGAUUUAUCGGCUUCUUCGCUCACCUGUGCCAGUUGCUGGCCAGAAGCGUGUGGAUGUGGAAGUCUUACCUCAUGAAUUGCAGCCAGCCUUGACGUUUGCCCUCCCCGACCCUUCCCGCUUUUCUAUGGUGGAUUUCCCUUUGCAUUUGCCCUUGGAGCUGUUAGGUGUGGAUGCUUGCUUGAAAGUACUGUCCUGCAUUCUUCUGGAACAUAAGUAUAUUUCAAUAAUUUUAUACUUGUAUUCCUGUAGGCAACCAAGUAGUGAUAGUGUGGCACAGACACCUGAACUACUGCGCCGUUACCCACUAGAAGACCACCCUGAUUUCCCACUGUCUCCCGAUGUGGUCUUUUUCUGCCAACCAGAAGGAUGCUUAAGCGUGCGGCAGAAGCGGAUGAGCUUGCGAGAUGAUACUUCCUUUGUCUUCACACUCACAGACAAAGAUUCAGGCAUCACCCGCUAUGGGAUAUGCGUUAAUUUCUAUCGGUCCUUCCAGAAGCGUAUUUCCAAGGAAAAGGGUGAGGGAAGUGGUGGACAUCGUAGCCGAGAUGGACAGAAGGCACCCAAAUCUGGGGAUGCUUCUGCUGUGCAAGAAGAAAGAGUUAAUGAGAGCGGUGUCUCUCUCCAGCCACAGAGCACAGAGCCAGUUCCUGAUACAAACCGGUCACCUCGGAGUAAAUCAUCAGCAAAAGGCAUUCAUCGUUCUCGUAACAGUACCCUGACCUCACUCUGCAUUCUUAGUCACUAUCCCUUUUUUUCUACCUUUCGCGAAUGUCUGUACACUCUGAAGAAGCUGGUGGACUGCUGCAGUGAGAGGCUCUUAGGCAAGAAGCUGGCAAUCCCUCGAGGAGUGCAGAGGUAUAGAUGGAGUGGGGGUUCCCCCCCCCCAAUCAUUGUUCCUACAAAUGCUGAAUUACUGCCUGUUUUGCCAGAACCGGAAGUUUUAGAACUGAAAAAGCAUCUGAAGCAGGCUUUGGCCAGCAUGAGUUUGAAUACCCAGCCUAUUCUUAACCUAGAAAAGUUUCAUGAAAGUCAAGAAAUCCCAUUGCUUCUGGGAAGACAGCAGAAUGACCUGCAAUCCACACCAUCCACAGAGUUCAACCCACUGAUCUAUGGCAAUGAUGUAGAUUCGGUGGAUGUGGCCACUAGGGUUGCUAUGGUGAGAUUCUUCAAUUCACCAAAUGUUUUACAUGGAUUCCAGAUGCAUACCCGCACACUUCGUCUCUUUCCCCGCCCCGUGGUUGCAUUUCAGGCCAAUUCCUUUUUAGCUUCACGACCAAAACAGACACAAUUUGCAGAAAAAUUGUCCAAGACACAGGCAGUGGAAUACUUUGGGGAAUGGUCUCUCAAUCCCACUAAUUAUGCUUUCCAAAGAAUCCACAACAAUAUGUUUGACCCAGCUCUGAUUGGUGAUAAGCCAAAGUGGUAUGCUCAUCAGCUGCAGCCAAUCCAUUAUCGUGUCUAUGACAGCAAUUCUCAGCUAGCUGAAGCAAUGAAUGUCCCAGCUGACAGAGAAACAGAUUCAGAUCCUACUGAUGAUAGUGGUAGUGACAGUGUGGACUAUGAUGACUCCAGCUCUUCUUAUUCAUCCCUUGGUGACUUUGUUAGUGAAAUGAUGAAAUGUGAUAUCAAUGGUGAUACUCCAAAUGUGGACCCACUAACUCAUGCAGCUUUGGGUGAUGCAAGUGAAGUUGAGUUUGAUGAUUUCCAGGAAUACUCAGCAGAUAUGGAUGAGCAGGCUCCAGACAGUGAGAAUUCCCAAGAUAAUAACCAACCUCGGUCAAGUUCAAGCACUACAGCCAGCAGUAGUCCUAGCACUGUUAUCCAUGGGGUGAAUCAUGUAUGUAAUAGACUCAAUGAUCACUUGAUAUAUUUUCUUUUUAUUAUAGGUAGCCUAUACAAGAACCACAGCACAAGCUUUAGUCUUUCCAAUUUAGCACUUCCAUCUAAAGCUGUGAGAGACAAAACCACUCCAUUUCCUAGUCUGAAAGUAUUUGGGCUAAAUACUAUAAUGGAGAUUAUUACUGAAGCUGGGCCAGUAAGCAAUGAAGGAAACAGGCGAGCACUUGUUGAUCAAAAGUCUUCUGUUAUAAAGCACAGCCCAACAGUGAAAAGGGAAUCUCCUUCACCACAAGGACGGACCAGUAAUUCCAGUGAAAAUCAGCAGUUGUUGAAAGAGGUGGUGCACAACGUCCUAGAUGGACAAGGAAUUGGUUGGUUAAACAUGAAGAGAGUACGUCGUCUUUUGGAAAGUGAGCAACUCCGUAUGUUUGUGUUAAGUAAGCUUAAUCGCACUAUCCAGUCGGAGGAGGAUGCUCGACAGGAUGUUGUCCAGGAUGUGGAGAUUAACCGAAAGGUUUACAAAGGAAUGCUGGAUUUACUAAAAUGUACAGUAUCAAGCCUUGAGCAGUCAUAUGCAAAUGCUGGACUUGGAGGCAUGGCAAGUGUGUUUGGCUUGCUAGAAAUAGCUCAUACUCAUUACUAUAACAAAGAGCCUGAAAAAAGAAAGCGAAGCCCAACAGAUGGAGCAAUCACUCCGGUUGGCAAAGAUCCUAUUUUAGCCAGGAGGGUGGAACCGAAACCCAAGGUGCAACUACAAGUACCUCAGCUCAUGCCAAGGGCACCAGGCCUCUCAGGGAAAGGGCCAAGGGAGUUUGACACAAGGAGUUUAAAGGAGGAAAAUUUUGUAGCUUCUAUUGAAUUGUGGAACAAGCACCAGGAAGUGACAAAACAAAAAGCUUUGGAAAAACUGAGGUCAGAAGGUACAAAACACUUCUUUGACUUGGGAGAGACAGAUGAGAAGAAAUCCCAGAUUAGUGCUGACAGUGGUCUAAGCUUAACCUCCAGCUCUCAGAAGAGUGAUCUGGAUUCGGUGGCAAGUGGGGGCCCUGCUGUUAUGAUCCGAAGCACCAGCCAAGAUUCUGAAGUUAGCACAGUGGUGAGCAACAGCUCUGGAGAAACGCUUGGCGCAGAUAGUGACCUGAGCAGCAAUGCUGGUGAUGGCCUUGGUGGAGAGAUUAGUGGAAAUUUAACAGGAUCACGAGGCACCGUCUCAGAUAGUGAAAUUGAAACAAAUUCUGCUACCAGUGCUAUAUUUGGUAAAUCUCAUAGUAUGAAAAAAGAAAUUAAAGAUAAUAAAUGCAGCAGCCCUGCAAGAGUUCCAGAAGAUGCAAGUCAACGAGUUUAUCUCUUUGAGGGUCUACUUGGGAGGGAUAAAGGAUCUGUCUGGGACCAGUUAGAGGAUGCUGCCAUGGAAACCUUCUCUAUGAGUAAAGAGCGUUCAACUUUGUGGGAUCAGAUGCAGUUCUGGGAAGAUGCUUUUCUGGAUGCUGUGAUGUUAGAAAGAGAAGGGAUGGGAAUGGAUCAGGGGCCUCAAGAAAUGAUUGACAGAUAUUUUUCUUUGGGAGAACAUGACCGAAAACGUUUAGAAGAUGAUGAAGACCGUUUAUUGGCUACUUUGCUUCACAAUAUGAUUGCAUACAUGAUUAUGAUGAAGGUGCAGAAGAAUGAUAUUAGGAAGAAAGUGCGGCGUUUGAUGGGGAAAUCUCACAUUGGCUUGGUUCAUAGUCAAGAAAUAAAUGAUACACUUGACAAGAUUUCCAGCAUGACUGGCAGGGAGCUCCCCACCCGACCAAGUGGCAGUAGACAUAUUAAGAAACAAACAUUUGUUGUACAUGCUGGCACAGACACAACAGGGGACAUAUUCUUCAUGGAGGUAUGUGAUGACUGCAUUGUGUUGAGAAGCAACAUUGGCACUGUGUAUGAACGUUGGUGGUACGAAAAAUUGAUUAAUAUGACGUACUGCCCCAAAACAAAAGUGCUUUGUCUUUGGAGGAGGAAUGGACAGGAAACACAACUGAAUAAGUUCUACACUAAAAAGUGCCGGGAGUUAUAUUAUUGUGUAAAAGAUAGUAUGGAAAGAGCAGCUGCAAGACAACAGAGCAUAAAGCCAGGGCCUGAACUUGGUGGGGAAUUUCCCGUACAGGAUAUGAAAACUGGCGAAGGAGGCCUUCUCCAAGUCACACUGGAAGGAAUUAAUUUGAAAUUCAUGCAUAGUCAGGAGCGGAAGGUUUUCAUAGAGCUGAAUCACAUUAAAAAGUGCAAUACAGUGCGUGGCGUCUUUAUCCUGGAAGAAUUUGUUCCUGAAACUAAAGAAGUGGUGAGCCACAAGUACAAGACACCAAUGGCUCAUGAGAUCUGCUAUUCGGUAUUGUGUCUCUUCUCUUAUGUGGCAGCAGUGCGUGGGAAAGAGGCAGAAAGCAAAAGCAAACCACCUCGUCCAGUGUCCAGCUGAUCAAUGUUAUUGUUGGAAAACACAUUGCCAUGCAGUUUUCUCCUUUCUUUUGCGGUUGUACAAGUUCACAUGAACACCGUUCAUAUAUAACCCCAUUCAUUUGAGUAUAUGACCCCGCAAAUCCUCUUUAUGGAAAUGAAAUUUCAUAAGCACAUUCAGGCCUGUGCUUAAGAUAUUCUAAGCAUUUGCAUUCUGUUUAUCACCUUCUCUUUUGUAUUUAGUUUGUCAAGAUGGCUCAUAUGACACUCCUUUUUAUCUCCAGUUGUACUGUUGUUUGUUUAAUUUAUAGGCAUAUGCCUUCUGUUUCAGAUUUGUUAUUGUGUGCAUUGUGCAAGUCACUCACUCUUGCCUGGAUCACCUACUGUUGCUGCUGUUCGGAUGCUUACUUUUACUUCCUUUCUUGUUUUUGGUACUUAGAGAAUCCUUGCCAAUAGCCCUUUUGUAGACUUCUUCAAUCCUUUCCACAUCAAGGGUUGGAAUAGAUGUAAAAUUUCUGUCAUUGCGUCAUCAAAGGAAUGGCUAAAGAUCAUACUGCAGGUGUGAUUAAAUAGUGAUCUCAUGAUCAGUAUGCAUGUGCUGUACAUACUAUUUUAAACAUAAGACAACAAUUUUGCUGACAUUCCAGUUCAAUUCACUAGUAUAUACUCAUAGACAUAAAUAGGUUUCUUUAUGAUAAGUGUAUAGAAUUAAAUGAGGACAGGAGAAAAGCCACCAAAACCAAGACAGUAUGAUUGGUUUGAAUGUAUGAGAUAUUCAUGUGAAGCCUGAGUGUGUGCAGUGUAUUGUUAGAGAUACAUCCAGUUAUUAAAAAGUUGUAAGCAUGCACAAAUGUAUCAGUAGCACUGUAUCUUCUCAUUUUAUGUCCCUUUAGCCACGUCUUUUGUCAGUCUAUUAAUGUUCAUUUUUAAAAAACAAAACGUCACUGUGUAAUGAAUUUUCCCUUUCUGGUAAAUUUCCAUUUGACAAUUGUUGAGUAGGAUGAAAAUAAAGGAAUUCUCUUUCUACUUUUCAUGGACUAUACUGGACUCUAAUGCAAAAAUACACCAAGGUACUUGAAGGAGAAAAUUUACAGUGGAGAAGAAACUGUAGAACAUCUGGCAGACUUCUCUGGCUGAUGUUGAAGUACCACAGAAGUGAUAACAUUUCUAGGCAACAUGGCUUUAGGAAUCGUUGGGCUUGUUCUGCACAAUUUAAUCUGUAUGACUGUUGAAUUGACUGCACUAUAAAGAGUGGGAGGGGGGGAAGAAAUGUACAUAUUUCAGUACCACAUAUAUUUAUAGAAAAGUGUACAGUUGUCUGAAUGUUAAAUUAAAAUGCAAUUAAACCAC